GGAGCGCAGCACGCCGGGAAGCCAUGCAGAGUGUUACUUCUCCAUUUCCUUCCUCGCAGUCCUCGGGAGCACCGUCGUCGCCCUCCGGCCCGGCUGUGUGCAGCCCGCCCCGGAUCCGCCUCCCUGCCCUUCCUCCCGGAGGCUGAGACGCGCGUGGGACGCACCUGUGCUCCUCUCGGGUCACCGCGUCGAGGCGCCGGGGGCUGCUUCGCCCGCAGAAUCUACGGGCCUGGAGAACGCCAAUGGGGAAAUCCAAAUGGUCGGGGACUCCGGCACUUUAAGAGGCUUUUCUCUGGGAAACACCCGGCCCCUCCGUGCGCCUUAUGAAUGGAAAUACUCCUCCCCCGGUCGAGCCCAUUUUCCCAUUUCACCAGGAGCCGCAGCUCGCUCUCUCCUUUCGGUCUCCCCGCCCACAUCCACGCGGGCAGCUCCAGGAGGGGACGGACAGGAAGCCUUUGGCCGCCCAUUAAAUCCCACCCAUUUCUCCGGGGGCGAUUUCCUAACCUUCCGGGACCGAAUUCUGCAAUUUGAUGUGCGUUUUGUCCGAAUGGUAGCGACACGGGCCUAAGGGAGGGGGAAAGCGAGGGGGUGGGGGGUGGGGGGUAUGCGCUCUUUUCCUCGCAACAUCGCUGGCGGAGCGAGGGAGCUCACACGACACAGAUUUUGGGGCAAAGCCUUUCCAUCUGGACAGCACCAUGUCCACCAAAGCGGAGCAGUUUUCUUCCAAGAUCCGGUACUUGCAGGAAUAUCAUAACCGAGUUCUCCACAACAUCUAUCCCGUGCCAUCAGGAACAGACAUCGCAAACACCCUGAAGUACUUCUCCCAAACAUUGUUAAGCAUUUUGUCCCGCACAGGGAAGAAGGAAAGCCAAGAUGCCUCCAAUUUGACAGUGCCCAUGACCAUGUGUCUUUUUCCUGUGCCAUUCCCACUCACCCCAUCUCUAAGACCGCAGGUCAGUUCCAUCAACCCUACUGUUACUCGCUCCCUCCUUUACAGCGUCCUGCGAGAUGCUCCUUCAGAACGCGGCCCGCAAAGUCGUGAUGCUCAGUUGUCAGACUACCCUUCUUUGGACUACCAAGGCCUCUACGUGACUUUGGUGACUCUCCUGGAUCUAGUUCCUUUACUACAGCAUGGCCAACACGAUCUUGGACAGUCAAUAUUUUAUACAACCACAUGUUUGCUACCCUUUCUCAAUGACGAUGUUCUGAGCACUUUGCCCUACACGAUGAUUUCAACGCUAGCUACCUUUCCUCCAUUUCUUCACAAGGAUAUUAUUGAAUACCUUAGCACAUCUUUUCUACCAAUGGCCAUAUUGGGCUCCUCCAGGAAAGAAGGCGUCCCAGCUCAUGUGAACCUCUCUGCGUCUGCCAUGCUAAUGAUUGCAAUGCAGUACACAUCUAAUCCAGUGUAUCAUUGUCAAUUAUUGGAAUGCCUCAUGAAAUAUAAGCAAGAAGUCUGGAAAGACCUUUUAUAUGUGAUUGCAUAUGGGCCUUCACAGGUGAAGCCCCCAGCGGUGCAGAUGCUUUUCCACUACUGGCCCAACCUAAAGCCUCCUGGGGCAAUAAGCGAGUACAGGGGGCUGCAGUACACAGCUUGGAAUCCCAUCCACUGCCAGCACAUCGAAUGCCACAAUGCAAUUAAUAAGCCGGCUGUGAAGAUGUGUAUAGACCCUUCGUUAUCAGUGGCUUUGGGUGAUAAGCCACCUCCACUGUACCUCUGCGAAGAAUGCAGCGAGAGGAUUGCAGGGGACCACAGCGAGUGGCUGAUUGAUGUUCUCCUGCCACAAGCUGAAAUAUCUGCUAUAUGUCAAAAAAAGAACUGCAGCUCCCAUGUCAGAAGGGCGGUCGUCACCUGCUUUUCUGCAGGGUGCUGCGGUCGUCACGGAAACAGGCCGGUUCGGUACUGCAAAAGAUGCCACUCCAAUCACCACAAUAACGAGGUGGGGGCCGCCGCGGAGACGCACCUCUACCAGACCUCCCCACCCCCAAUCAACACGCGGGAGUGUGGGGCAGAGGAGCUGGUCUGCGCUGUGGAGGCCGUGAUCAGCUUGUUGAAAGAAGCGGAGUUCCACGCGGAGCAGAGGGAGCACGAGCUGAACCGGCGGCGGCAGCUGGGUCUGUCCUCCUCCCACCACUCCCUGGACAACGCCGACUUCGACAACAAGGACGACGACAAGCACGACCAGAGGCUGCUCAGUCAAUUCGGAAUAUGGUUCCUGGUGAGCCUCUGCACACCCAGUGAGAACACGCCCACUGAGAGCCUGGCCCGGCUGGUGGCCAUGGUAUUUCAGUGGUUUCAUUCCACGGCAUACAUGAUGGAUGAUGAAGUCGGAAGCUUAGUAGAAAAGCUAAAGCCCCAGUUUGUCACCAAGUGGUUGAAGACAGUAUGUGAUGUACGCUUUGAUGUCAUGGUCAUGUGCCUUCUUCCCAAACCCAUGGAAUUCGCCAGGGUUGGCGGAUAUUGGGACAAGUCCUGUAGCACAGUGACUCAGUUAAAGGAAGGUCUCAACAGGAUUCUCUGCCUGAUCCCCUACAAUGUCAUCAGCCAGUCUGUGUGGGAGUGCAUUAUGCCAGAAUGGCUGGAGGCCAUCCGGACAGAAGUCCCUGACAACCAGUUAAAGGAAUUCAGGGAAGUAUUAAGCAAAAUGUUUGACAUAGAGCUGUGUCCUCUGCCAUUUUCCAUGGAAGAGAUGUUUGGUUUUAUCAGCUGCCGGUUUACAGGAUACCCUUCCACGGUGCAGGAGCAAGCCCUACUCUGGCUUCACGUAUUAUCGGAGUUAGAUAUCACGGUUCCACUUCAACUCUUGAUAAGUAUGUUUUCUGAUGGUGUUAAUUCUGUUAAAGAAUUGGCAAAUCAAAGAAAAUCAAGAGCCAAUGAACUGUCAGGGAACACCGCAACACGAAGGGUGAGUGUCGCCUCUGAUCCUGGUCGACGAGGUCAGCACAAUAUGUUGAGUCCGUUCCAUAGCCCCUUCCAGAGUCCGUUCCGGAGUCCCAUGCGUAGUCCAUUUCGUAGCCCUUUCAAGAAUUUUGGGCACCCAGGAGGAAGGACUAUUGAUUUUGACUGUGAAGAUGAUGAUAUGAAUCUAAAUUGUUUCAUCCUCAUGUUUGAUCUUCUCCUAAAGCAGAUGGAGUUACAAGAUGAUGGCAUCACGAUGGGUUUGGAGCACAGUCUGUCAAAGGACAUUAUUUCUAUCAUCAACAAUGUCUUCCAGGCCCCCUGGGGGGGCUCCCACAGCUGCCAGAAGGACAAAAAGGCCAAGGAGUGUAACUUAUGCCAGUCUAGUAUCCUCUGCUACCAGCUUGCUUGUGAACUCCUGGAGAGGCUAGCUCCCAAAGACGAAAGCCGGCUGGUGGAGCCCACAGACAGCCUUGAAGAUAGCCUCCUUUCUUCCAAGCCUGAGUUCAUUAUAGGGCAUGAGGGAGAGGAGGAGGAGAACCCAACAGUCAAGCAUGGAGAGAAUCCAGGCACUCGUACAGCGCCCUCAGAAAAUGCUGCAAUAAAGAAUGAUACGGAAAGAAAAUUUUGCUACCAACAGCUUCCAGUAACGCUGAGACUAAUAUAUACCAUUUUCCAGGAAAUGGCUAAGUUUGAAGAGCCAGACAUUCUUUUUAAUAUGCUCAAUUGCUUAAAGAUUCUCUGUCUGCACGGAGAAUGUUUAUACUCUGCGAGGAAAGACCAUCCUCAGUUUUUAGCCUACAUCCAGGACCACAUGUUGAUUGCAAGCCUGUGGAGAGUCGUCAAGUCUGAGUUCUCUCAGCUGUCCUCAUUGGCAGUCCCUCUCCUUCUUCACGCUCUGUCACUUCCUCAUGGUGCUGACAUAUUCUGGACAAUCAUAAACGGCAACUUCAACAGCAAAGACUGGAAGAUGAGGUUUGAAGCAGUGGAAAAAGUAGCUGUCAUUUGUAGGUUUUUGGAUAUUCACUCAGUGACCAAAAACCACCUGCUGAAGUACUCACUGGCACACGCCUUCUGCUGCUUCCUGACAGCUGUGGAGGAUGUCAACCCCGCAGUUGCCACCAGAGCAGGUCUCCUGCUUGAUACCAUAAAGAGGCCAGCACUGCAGGGUCUCUGUCUCUGCCUUGACUUCCAGUUUGACACUGUGGUUAAAGACCGCCCCACCAUCCUGAGCAAGCUUUUACUCUUGCAUUUCCUUAAGCAAGAUAUUCCUGCUUUGAGCUGGGAGUUCUUUGUCAACAGAUUCGAGACACUUUCUUUAGAAGCUCAGCUGCAUUUGGAUUGUAACAAAGAAUUUCCUUUUCCUACAACCAUCACCGCUGUGAGAACCAAUGUUGCCAACCUCAGUGAUGCCGCAUUGUGGAAAAUCAAGAGGGCACGCUUUGCAAGAAACCGGCAGAAGAGUGUACGGUCUCUGAGGGACAGCGUGAAGGGGCCCACAGAAUCCAAGAGGGCGCUCUCCCUCCCUGAAACCCUGACCUCCAAAAUCCGACAACAGUCUCCUGAGAAUGACAACACCAUCAAGGACUUGCUCCCAGAAGAUGCUGGAAUCGACCACCAGACAGUCCACCAGCUGAUUACUGUGCUCAUGAAGUUUAUGGCCAAGGACGAGAGCAGCGCGGAGUCAGACAUCAGCAGCGCCAAGGCCUUCAACACGGUCAAGAGGCACCUCUACGUUUUACUUGGCUAUGACCAACAGGAAGGCUGCUUCAUGAUUGCACCCCAAAAAAUGCGCCUGUCAACAUGCUUUAAUGCAUUUAUUGCAGGAAUUGCCCAAGUUAUGGACUAUAACAUUAACUUGGGCAAACACCUUCUCCCCCUCGUGGUCCAGGUGCUCAAAUACUGCUCUUGUCCUCAACUACGGCAUUAUUUCCAACAGCCACCUCGCUGCUCCCUCUGGUCCUUAAAGCCUCACAUCAGGCAGAUGUGGUUGAAGGCCUUGCUCGUCAUCCUUUACAAGUAUCCAUACCGAGACUGUGAUGUCAGCAAGAUCCUUCUGCACCUGAUUCACAUAACAGUCAAUACACUCAAUGCGCAAUACCAUAGCUGCAAGCCCCAUGCCACAGCAGGACCUUUGUACAGUGACAACAGCAACAUAAGCAGAUACAGCGAGAAAGAAAAAGGUGAAAUAGAACUGGCCGAAUAUAGAGAAACGGGUGCGUUACAAGACAGCGUUCUGCACUGUGUGAGAGAAGAAAGCAUUCAGAAAAAAAAGCUGCGCUCUUUUAAACAAAAAUCUCUUGAUAUAGGGAAUGCAGACUCCCUCUUGUUUACAUUAGAUGAGCAUCGUAGGAAGUCCUGCAUAGAUCGCUGUGACAUAGAUAAGCCUCCUACCCAAGCUGCCUAUAUCGCACAACGGCAAAAUGACCACCACGGACGCUCUAGACAGAAUUCUGCUACGAGGCCGGACAAUACUGAAAUCCCCAAGAAUCCGGCGACUGAAGGUUUUCAAGAAACACGAAGGCCCGUGAUACCAGAAGUUAGGUUGAACUGUAUGGAGACAUUCGAAGUGAGAGUUGACUCCCCGGGAAAACCCGCCCCUAAAGAGGAUUUCGAUCUCAUAGAUUUGUCCUCAGAUUCAACGUCUGGGCCAGAGAAACACUCUAUACUCUCAACAUCUGACAGUGACUCUCUUGUAUUUGAGCCUCUCCCGCCUCUCAGAAUAGUAGAAAGUGAUGAAGAAGACGAGAUGGUGAACCAGGGGAAUGAUGGUCCCCUGGGUAAAAAUGCUGCCUCCUCACCCGCCACCCCCAGCCAGCCCUCUGUCCUCAGCUUAAGCACCACUCCUCUGGUGCAGGUCAGUGUGGAGGACUGUUCCAAAGACUUUUCCUCUAAGGACUCAGGAAAUCACCAGUCAGCGAGCAAUGAGGACUCGACCAUCACAGCUCUGGACGAGCUCACCGACUCUGAAGAGCUGUCGAAGUCACAGGAGCUGAGAGAGUUUGCCUCUGGCAGUCCGCUAACGCUAAAGCAGAAGCGAGACCACCUCCAGAAGUCACCUGCGGUCCCCGAGAUGUCAGUGGACUACAACCCUGACCUUGGCAUGGCUGGAGAGAAGGCAGGCCAGACACCAACGUCAGGGGCCAAAACUGUGCUCCUCAAAGUUCCCGAAGAUGCCGAGAGUCCAAUAGAAAGCGAGAAGCCCAACUCGAGCACUGAGUCUGAUACAGAACAGAACCCUGAAAGGAAGGCAGAGGAGGAUGGGGCUGAGGAAUCAGAGUUUAAGAUUCAGAUCGUCCCCAGACAGAGGAAACAAAGGAAGAUUGCCGUCAGCGCUAUCCAGAGAGAGUACCUCGACAUCUCCUUCAACAUUCUAGACAAACUGGGUGACCAGAAGGACCCAGAUCCGGCUGCUAAAGGACUUUCAACAUUGGAAAUGCCACGGGAAUCUUCAUCUGCCCCUACAUUAGAAGCAGGUGCCCCUGAAACAGGCAGCCACUCGUCAAUAUCAAAACAGGUACAGCCCGGGAAACGCCAGUGUAACGUGCCAAUGUGCCUAAACCCUGACCUGGAGGGACAGCCGCUGAGAACAAGAGGCGCCACUAAAUCUAGCCUGCUGUCGGCACCCAGCAUAGCCAGUAUGUUCGUGCCUGCUCCUGAGGAAUUCACGGAUGAGCAGCCAACGGUGAUGACGGACAAAUGCCAUGACUGCGGGGCCAUUCUCGAAGAGUACGAUGAGGAAACCCUGGGACUAGCCAUCGUGGUCCUCUCCACAUUCAUUCACCUGAGCCCAGACCUGGCGGCCCCGCUGCUGCUGGAUAUCAUGCAGUCUGUGGGAAGGCUCGCAUCCAGCACGACCUUUUCUAAUCAAGCAGAAAGCAUGAUGGUUCCCGGCAAUGCAGCAGGUGUGGCCAAGCAGUUCCUUCGCUGUAUCUUCCACCAGCUGGCACCCAAUGGCAUCUUCCCCCAGCUGUUCCAGAGUGCCAUCAAAGAUGGAACGUUUUUACGGACCUUAGCCACAUCGCUCAUGGACUUCAAUGAGCUGAGCUCAAUUGCUGCCCUCAGUCAACUCUUGGAGGGUCUAAAUAACAAAAAGAAUUUACCAGCAGGGGGUGCUAUGAUCCGCUGUUUGGAAAACAUUGCCACGUUCAUGGAAGCUCUGCCCAUGGAUUCUCCUAGUAGCCUCUGGACAACAAUCAGCAACCAGUUUCAGACAUUUUUUGCCAAGCUGCCUUGUGUUUUACCUCUGAAGUGUUCUUUGGAUUCCAGUUUGAGAAUCAUGAUUUGCCUCUUGAAGAUACCUUCCACCAAUGCCACGAGGAGUUUGUUGGAACCAUUUUCCAAGUUGCUCAGCUUCGUCAUUCAGAAUGCAGUCUUCACUCUGGCCUACCUGGUGGAGCUGUGUGGCUUGUGCUAUCGAGCGUUCACUAAGGAACGGGAUAAAUUCUACCUGUCUCGGAGUGUUGUUCUGGAACUUCUCCAGGCCCUAAAGUUCAAGUCUCCGUUGCCAGAUACAAACCUCCUGCUUCUUGUCCAGUUUAUUUGUGCAGAUGCUGGAACCAAGCUAGCUGAGUCCACCAUUCUGAGCAAGCAGAUGAUAGCCUCCGUGCCUGGGUGUGGGACGGCAGCGAUGGAUUGCAUACGGCAGUACGUCAGCGAAGUGCUGGACUUCAUGGCAGACAUGCACACCCUAACCAAGCUCAAGAGCCACAUGAAGACGUGCUCCCAGCCUCUGCAUGAGGACACCUUUGGUGGCCAUCUCAAAGUUGGCCUGGCUCAGAUUGCAGCUAUGGAAAUCUCCCGGGGCAACCACAGAGAUAACAAGGCUGUGGUCCGCUAUCUGCCUUGGCUCUACCACCCUCCUUCCGCCAUGCAGCAAGGACCUAAAGAAUUCAUUGAGUGUGUCUCCCACAUCCGGCUGCUAUCCUGGCUGCUCCUGGGGUCCCUCACCCAUAAUGCAGUCUGUCCCAAUGCCUCCUCUCCCUGCCUUCCAAUACCUCUGGAUGCAGGUUCCCACAUCGCAGACCACCUUAUUGUUAUCUUAAUUGGAUUUCCAGAGCAAUCAAAGACCUGUGUGCUCCACAUGUGCUCCCUCUUCCAUGCUUUCAUCUUUGCCCAGCUCUGGACGGUGUACUGCGAACAAAGUGCCGUGGCGACAAACGUCCAAAACCAGAACGAGUUCAGCUUCACAGCAAUACUAACAGCACUGGAAUUUUGGAGUAGGGUGACACCCAGCAUCCUUCAGCUGAUGGCCCACAACAAAGUGAUGGUAGAAAUGGUGUGUCUCCAUGUGAUUAGCCUAAUGGAGGCAUUGCAAGAAUGCAAUUCAACCAUUUUUGUCAAGCUGAUCCCUAUGUGGUUGCCAAUGAUUCAGUCAAACACCAAGCACUUAUCCGCCGGCCUCCAGCUUCGUCUCCAGGCCAUCCAGAACAACGUGAACCACCACAGCCUAAGGACGCUGCCCGGCUCGGGCCAGAGCAGUGCUAGCCUAGCUGCCCUCCGCAAAUGGCUGCAGUGCACCCAGUUCAAAAUGGCCCAGGUGGAGAUCCAGUCCUCGGAGGCGGCCUCUCAGUUCUAUCCUCUAUGAGUGGACUCCUCGGCUCCAGCGUCAACACUCUGGCUUAGCAAUAAUGGGUAUAAAAACAAACAAUUUGAUCCAAGCAGGUUGGGGAACACUGGUACUGUACAUUCUCUUUCUAGUUUAGUAUAAAGACGUGCAAAGGCCGGAGAGGGCCACAAACGAAGCUUUCUUGCUACACGUAUUUCUGAUGACUCCUUGGGCUAUCUGAUUAAGUGUUUCCUUACAUUAUUUUUUAAGAAAAAAAAAACCAAAUCAUUUUUCUUUAUCUAACUUCUAUUUUUUUUAAGAAAAAAUAAAAAAAAACAGACUGGUGGGUACUCACAGAAAAGUUGUAUAAAGCCCCCUGUUGCUAUUUUUGAUGAUAGAGAAUAAAUAGGGUUUUUGAAACCUUUGUAGUGUUUUUUCUUAAAAUUCUACUCUUGGCAAUGCAAUAAAGCAAAACAAAAACAUACAAAAGUCACCAGAAUCCAGUGACACUUGACCGAAGCUUUUUGCUAUUUAUCAUCCUGGGAGAAGAGGCAGCUUGCUAGGAACAUUACAAAGUGCACUUAGAAAUUAGAUGGUUAAUCUGUGCCAAUU